CCUUUUUCGAUAACCUUGUUGUUGUACUAUUUUGUGCUCGUCGAAGAUGACCUUCAUCAAGAAUAUGAAAGCUUCGCACCAUUGAGCAGUUCUGCGUUGUAUGCAUUUUCGCGAGACGGACUAGUGCUGCGGAGCAAGGGCGACGCCUGCAGGACGAGAGGAUGGCCGCCCGGCACGUGGGCCAACGGCUCUUCUCUACCUCGAGAAGCUGUCGCGGUCGCAGUUUGUUGAAGCUUCCUCCCGAGGAGCGAGUGCCUCACAUGAAACUACUUGUAUGUGACAUGGCAGGGACAACAGUUAACGAGGACGGGCCUGUGAUGUAUAAACCACGCUUCAGAAAGUAAUGAACGACGCUGGACUCGAUGUAGGCGAUGAUGAAGGCUACCCUGGCAUGGUGCAUAAAAGGCCGAAGUCGUUGCGCAUUUUGUUUAGGAGUAAUCAUGAAUUUUUUGGGGUUUAGCAGGGCGUACCGAUUCAAGUAGAAGUACUAGCAUCAAACAAAUUCAACAGGCUUCUCGUACUCCAAUAGAGUUCGUCCUUAUAGAACGUGCUCGUUAUCAUGCUAUUUUGAAUUGUAAAUGGCCUUUAUUCCCCUCCCGACUCCCUGUGUGCAAGUAAUCAUGACGGCUCUGGAUUUUCUGCUAAGCCGUUCCUCGUCCUGCUCUAAGCUACGCAAGACCGCUUGUUUGGAAGUAUGACAGCGAAUAAUCUCGGGUCGUCAUUUAGUACGCUUUCUUCUGUCACAUCCGCAGCAUGCUGCAUCCAGUGCUUCGACAUCUUCAGGAACUGCCGCUUCGACAUCUCCAGCAUCCACCGCCUCCCGACCUUCUACCGAUGGCAGUAGCGAUUCAGGCUCGUACUACAGUUUUCGUCCCUGGUCAGCCAAUUACGCAGGUCGAGUGAACCCAAGCGCACUUCUCCAAGACAGAAAACUUGCGGCUUUUCUUGCACGUAAAAUCAACCAGCAAUUCGAAUCCGAGAUCACUGAUGCAUAAUUUCGUUACGAACUACAACUAGGAUUUCAUACAUAUCCAGAGAAAAUUAUACUGGAUAGCGUAUAUCAAGAUCUUCUAAUAGUUCUGUUUUUAGCUUCGACUGAAUUAUAUAUAUAAGUUAAUCAAGUGUUACAAGUGAAAGUGAUUAGGAAAAGGAGUAGAAACGAGAACGACUUGUUAUUCAUGAUCAUGACCUAGUAAGCACGAAAUUUGAAUUUCGCUAUUUCGUCUUUCUAAUCUCGAACGGGUUCACCAGUGUCUCUGAUUAGCCCAGGACUGCUGGAUAGCUUUUCGAACCUACGGUCUGCGGGGUGUAAGAUUGCACUGAAUACCGGGUACCAAAGCAAGAUACAACAGAAUUUAAUCGAGAAACUGCGGUUGAGGGAACACGUGGACGCUGCGGUCUGCGCCGGCGAUGUUGCUAAGGGACGCCCAUACCCCUAUGUACAUGACCAUGCUGGCAAUGCAAAAGCUGAAAAUUCUGGACGUUGGAACCGUAGCGAAGGCGGGUGACACAGCAAGGGAAAUUGAAGAUUAUGCUUUUCUAAACGUAGACUGAUAUUUAGCACCACUCUCUAUGUAUUUUAGUCCUCAAUCGAAAGAACAUAUCAUUCAUACACCUACUGCUGUCGACUUGUUCUUUCGUGUACUCCUACGUUCUCACACUCCAGUAGUAUCAAUAUGUAUGCAGCAGCAGGUCAUGUGCUAAUAUCAUCACAGUUCUUUUUCCUUGCUUACCUAUCUACUCGUAUCCGUAUGAGCAACAAAAUCUGCAUCAAUAUUAACAAAGGAGAUGAACAAAGACAAAGUAGAACAAUGAAUAUCAAGGUGUUCCUCGUGGUUUCAAGAUCAAGACGAAUGUUGCUCAACUAAACUACAAUACUUACUCUAACGUUCGGGACUCAACUGCGGAUGCGGACUGGCGAUUGGCGUCCUGACCGGAGCAGGGCAAUCGGGAGGGUUGCGUGACGCAGGCGCAGAUCUUGUUUUGCCGGAUGUUUGUGAAUUCGAAAAACUGUUUUUUCAACACAGCCACGAGUAUCGUUUCGUGGCAUCAACAAGCGGCAACAGAUCUUGUAGUUCACGUAGACUGCCACAGCUGAUCCUCGCUAAAAUAUCAAUACUUAUCAAUAUCAAUAUCACGCCAUGUUAAGGCUAACUAUAGCACGAAGUAGAUAGUGUCCUUUUCUGUGGUUGUGGGUUUAUUUGGUGAACCGGUACCCUAUUGCGAGUAAACCUGUGCGCACAACUAUAGAACUGAGCACUCACCGGGGGCGUUGCACAGGGCUCCGGCCUGCCUUCGAAGGUGAGACCUCUGGGGCUGACAGGACCACGACAGCGCCGGCGCUUAGUUAGUAGUAGGUAAGUUCUUGCCUGACUUUUCUUUUUUCGGUUUUUGUUUUUUCUAGUUAGUUAGAUAUGCUCCACCAACAAUAUCACGCGUUUUCAUCGUUACUAGUGUUGAUAGUCAUACAUAUAGUGAGUAUACGGAUUAAUAGUAAAUAUAACACAGUUGGGGCUGCUUCGUUCCCCUCGCUCUUUUGCUACUGCUCCAUAUUCGAAUGAUAUUGUUUCCAACUACUACUGCACAGACAUUCUCUCCACUCAAGCAGCGUUGUUGCUUGUACGGCUGCCUGCGCGACGCUGAGAGAAAAAAGUCGAAUACAGCUACAGAUUUAGAUUAGAGUCGAGAAGAUGCAUCAAAAAUGCGGCAUUUUUUUCAAAAAUGAAGCCUCUGCAUCAACAGAAAGAUGAAGACUGUAGUACAUGGAACUGGAAGCAGC